AUGGACACAUUUCAAACGCUAGAGAUUCAUGAUCGUAUCCGCGAGCAGUUGUAUGGUGUCGAGGACCGGAGUCUGCCGCAGAUUUCGGAUGAAAUCGAGACCCUCCUCGGUCGGUUGCUGCCUCCGGACGAAAUGCGAACCUACCACACCGCGGAGCAACGGUACCCGGGCGACAUUGAGUACGAAGAUCUCGUACGCGAAGGAAAGCCGCCAGAAUUACCGCUCCCGGACCUGGAAACAGGGUGGCCAGCAGCAGAAUUUCAAUUUGAAUUCCCUUCCUCUCCAAGGACCGCCGCAGCUCCGAAAGGCUCGUCCGCACAACCACCUCCACAAGGUACUCCAACGCGCGUCGGAUCUGGUCCGGUACCACCACUUGCGAUUAGCUUGAACUACCCUCCACCGCCCAUCUCUCCUCCGUCUCUUCUCCGGCCUACCAUUUCAAUUUCUGGACGCGUGGGACUAGCAGAUUCCGAAGAACGCAAGAAGGCUGCUGAAAAUGUUUAUUUGCGAGGACAAAGCACGGCGGAAGGCCAAGAGCCUCAGCUGCCAGCAGUCUUUCCAGAAGUGCGUCCGACCAGGUGGAACCCGACGAGAACAGGAAAGACGGCUAUGCGCUUCUCGCCAGUUGGGCUUUCGCAGGUAAAUAGGACGGCGAAGCAACACGAGGAAAAUGAAAAGCUGAACGUUACCAACCUUCGGCUGGACGAACUGUAUCAAAAGCGGCCGGUGUUUACUAGAAGUUCGCUCUCAUCGCCGAGCAAGAGCCUAGCGCCUCCGCCCGCGCCGGCUCGCAGUAAAGGAGUGAGCGAGUUCCGGCCUGUUUUUGCGAGCGAAGAAAUGUCUCCGGCUGCGCACUGCUCAACAACCGGCGGGAGCUACUCUGCAGUAUCGCCAUUGUUUGGUAUCCCGUCCACGCCGUUGCUAGAGACGGUCUCGCCAAAAAAAAGUAGCCCGCGCUCAUCUUCUGCGACCACGCGUCAAGAUGUUAGCACUAGGACUAUGGUGACAACGAACUCAUUGCCGCGGGCUCAGCCGAGCACUACAAAUAACGGUGGCGCGCCUCCACCCGCAGGGAGGACUUCUGAGGGAGCAGAUGUUGACGGUCGCGGUCGGAGUCCCACUGGUGUUGCAGGUGGAGGGUACGACGAGUUGCGCACUCGGGCGCGCACAGGAUCACACAUUUCGGUUUCUUCCCCGUCCCCCGCACGGCUGUUGUCCAAUCGAAUCGACGAUCUACUUUCCUCGAAUACUGUCACCCGAACAAGUCCGGUUCAUUCGAAAACUAGUAACAGUUACGGCACGGCCCCGGCCGACUCUGGCCUGGCAGCUCUUACGGCCCAGUCUGGAGGUGGGGCUUCCUCGUCAAAAAAAGGUACGAAGGUUGACUCUGGGUUUUUCGGUGUACUUGUAUAUGAUACAAAAAUAGAAAACGCUCAUGCCUACCUCCAACCGAAAGUAGAAUUAUCACCGAUGUACAUGAUCACGAUAAGACUGAAUGGGAAACCAUCAGUAUCAACACGCCUGCACGUCAUCAUGGUGUGACAAUCUUCAUCUUCAAGUCUUGAGAAAUUAUGACAGAGAUACUAUUACUACGACAACAAAUUUGCCCUUCUUUCAGCAACCGGAUCUGGAACUGAAGGGCCUCCUCCGGAAGAUAUUGCAGCCGAGCAAAAGCCCCUGGACGAAGUGAGAUUGGAAUUCCUGCAGACGAUGAGUGGAGGCGGUGGAGGCAGCUCCAAGCCUUUCUCUUCAGGAUCUUUCUUGAGCGGAAAGAACCGGCCGCGCCCCGGCCGGAACCGUCUGCAGGAGGUACAGCAGCUACUGGAACAGGACCGCCCGUACGACGAGCUGCGCACCGCGCCCUUUCCGCGCACCGACACCACCGAUAAGGAAGUUGCCGAUCUGGCGGCGCUGCUUGCGGACGGAGUGCGGAAGUACACAACGGCGGCGGACCGAAGCUUAGUACAUCAACUCGAAAAAUACUUGUAGUGACUUCAAACGCAAAUGUUUCUUCUUGAGAGCGCUGAGGUCCACCACCUGAGUGCCUACUUACGUAUAGAAAUAAAGCGGGUUUUUGCUGGGUGAUUUUGAUUAUGAGCCGUCCUUGAUCAUGC